AUGAAAACUUACAAACUAACAGAAACGAAAAUUUUAAAUCAAAUUUCAAUUCGUUAAGGGGAAAAGACGGAGACGGCGGCAGCUUUGAGAGAGCAAUGGCUGCCAAGAAGCUAUACGAGUCGUUUUCAAAGAGUUUGAUGGAGGAGGUUCAUCGAUGGGGAUGCAUGAAGCAGACAGGUGUCAGCCUGAGGUACAUGAUGGAGUUUGGUUCGAAACCUACUGAGAAGAAUCUCUUAAUCUCUGCUCAGUUUCUUCACAAGGAGCUUUCUAUCAGAAUCGCUAGACGUGCUAUUGAACUCGAAAGCCUUCCUUAUGGCUUAUCUGAAAAACCUGCCAUUUUGAAGGUUAGAGAUUGGUAUUUGGAUUCGUUUCGGGACAUGAGGUCCUUUCCAGAGAUAAAGGAUUCGAGUGAUGAGGGGGAAUUUACGCAGAUGAUAAAGGCCAUCAAGGUGAGGCACAAUAAUGUGGUACCCAUGAUGGCAUUGGGAGUUCAACAGUUGAAGAAAGGGAUGGAUCCCAAGAUUGUUUAUGAUGGUCUUGAUGAGAUUCAUCAGUUUCUGGAUCGAUUUUACUUGUCAAGAAUUGGGAUUCGUAUGCUUAUUGGGCAGCAUGUGGAGUUGCACAAUCCAAAUCCCCCUCCACAUUGUAUUGGUUAUAUACACACAAAAAUGUCUCCGGUGGAGGUUGCAAGGAAUGCCAGUGAGGAUGCACGUUGUAUUUGUUGUCGGGAGUAUGGUAGUGCUCCUGAUGUUAAUAUAUAUGGUGAUCCCAGUUUUACAUUCCCGUAUGUUCCCUCGCACUUGCAACUUAUGGUAUUUGAGUUGGUUAAGAACUCAUUGCGUGCUGUUCAAGAAUGUUAUAUGGACUCAGAUAAAGUUGCACCUCCUGUUCGAAUAAUAGUUGCUGACGGAUUAGAGGAUGUUACUAUUAAGGUCUCUGAUGAGGGGGGUGGCAUUCCAAGGAGUGGUCUUCCCAAGAUAUUCACAUAUCUUUAUAGCACUGCAAAAAACCCAUUGGAUGAAAAUUUGGAAACUGAUUCAACUGAUGCUAUAACGAUGGCCGGAUAUGGAUAUGGGCUUCCAAUAAGCCGCCUGUAUGCACGGUAUUUUGGUGGAGAUCUGCAGAUUAUCUCCAUGGAAGGAUAUGGGACAGAUGCAUAUCUUCAUUUGUCACGUUUGGGAGAUUCUCAAGAGCCACUGCCAUGAAAUUAAAUUAGGUGAGGAAUUUUUUCAAAAAAAUUGUUGAUGAAAGUAUAGGAGUAAUGGUGUAAAGGGAUCAAUUGCUGUCAAUUUUAAUCUCAAUAAAUUGGCAGUUGUCCUGUAUAUUCUUGGUUCUUGAGCAACUUACCUAUCUAGUUUUGCUGGGUAUGGGGAGGAAUCAAAUUAGGUAGAAGAGGCAAGUGGAGAUUCCUUUUCUAGGAAAAAGGGCUUUAGGCAUAUUGAGAGGAUUCAUAUGUCAGGGAGGAUUCUUUGGAUUGCGGCUCUUUACAUGUUUUUUAAACUAGCAAAUGAUCGUACCACAUCAGUAAUUAUCUCUCGUCUCUGUAAUUCAAUUCAGUGCCCUCCAGAAAUGUCAAAAUUUUCCUGUUUAAAAGAGAUUCAAGUCAAUGCUUUCUUUGCUUUGCA